GGCCUGCCGUAUUCUGAGGCCAUCGACAUUUGGUCCUUAGGCUGCGUGAUGGAGAGGAUGAUGACUUCAGAUGGUCUCUUCGGAACAGACUCCGAAUACUGGACACUCCUACGCAUGAUCGGUCUGUUGGGUGUCCCGCCACAACAUGUCAUCGAUGCUGGACGAAGAUCAGAAUUAUUUUUUCAGAAAAUGCCUGAUGGUUUGUGGCAGCUGAAGAGACCUACAGAGUGUUUUGGGACCCAUUUCGACGACGCAGUUUACCAGUUCAGCUCUCUGGAUGAAAUCGAAACGGUGUGCUCUGAGACGGACAACCUAGCAGAGGCUGAUGAGAGAAAGGAGUGCAUCGAGCUCCUGAAGGCGAUGCUUCAAUGGGACGAGAAAGACAGAAUCACCCCCAGUGGUAUCCUGAAGCAUCCCUUUAUCACGAGAAGCUACCUCAGCAGCAACUCCCCCACCAGCAGUUGCGAUGAACCGAGACCCUCCACCAGCCUGUCCAUCACGGUUAAGCCUGCAGAUCCAGAGAACAGAAUCAACCUGACAGGCUUGCCUGAUGAGAAAAGUGACCUGAAGAGCAGUAAGCUUGAGGACAGUGACACUGCUAAAGACACUGAGACCAGCAAAGACAGAAACAAUGAUGAAGACACUAAAGGCAAUGAGAAGGACCAGAGAAGGACAAAGACAAAGAAGAAGAACUGCUUCGAACGCAUCUUCUCCUGGAGAAAGAAGACGUUCUGCUGCUGCUGCUGUGUCCAAGUUUAAGGAUGUGAUACGUCUGAUGUGAUGAACUGAGCAGCACUAAUGGACUGGAUCCACAG